UGCUUUGUGUUUUUGUUUCUCCCAGGGACGGAAAUCGAAAAUAAAAAGAAAAUGUACAACUUUGACAUUUAGCAAACGAACUCACAAUAAAAAAUAGUUGUUGUUAUUUGUUGAAUGUUGAAAUUAACACCUGGUUCACAUGGACGCAGGCGAUGAUGAGAAAAAGCUGUAUGAAGAGGCCCGCAAUAAAGUGAAACUGGGUGAAGAACUUAAGAAGGCGCUGAUUAAUUUUCAGGAAAUUGCGGGGGUGUCGAAAGUUCAAAGGAAAAUUCAACAGGAGCUUAAAUUCUUGGAUAAGGUGAUCCGAACGAAAACAUUGAAAGAGAACCACAUUACGAGCAGCAAUUUUGUUUACUAUGAAUUUCUGAUUAAAACACUGAGAUUGCAGCACGGUGUGGUGGACAUAAAUGGCGUUUUUCCCCUGGAAUCACGGGAUAAUCCCUUGCGCGUGGAUAUUGUGGCUAACAAUGGCCUAAAAUGGGUAAAAGUCAUAGCCAGAAAUUCCAAAUCUGUGGAAGAUGCAGCCAAGGGUUGCGUCAGCUUUGGAGCACGGAGUGUGUUGGAUCAGGCUGAGGAUUACUUAGAGGCCAGUGAGCUGCAUUUCUGCAUGUUUCAACGUCCAAAGAUUGUGUUUUAUUUCUCAAACAAAAUCGAUGAUUCUCUACAUCAGCAACUGAUGGAAAUGGGUGUAUAUACGGCCUCAUUGGAUGAGCCUGAUAAGGAUAUAGAUCAAUAUGCUACCGUGUCAGAUGAACUAAAUUUGGAUGUGACCACAAUGCUGGCCUAUGUUAGUGCACUGACUAAUGGACGUUCCAAUUGGGUGUUUAAGGAACCUCUGCUAAGCGAACAAGCUGAAAAGGAGCGUGCUUCGCCAUUGAAGCCGUUGCUGGAGAAGAUCUUCCAUGGCAAGCGAUUGGUCUGCUGCCAAUUGGCUCACACUGCAUUUCAAAAUAUUCUCACCCUCUUGGGCGGUCCGGGUGAAAAAGCCCGGGCUGCCGAGUUCAUGGAACGCAUUACUGUAUAUCCCGAUGUGCUUGAAAUUCCCGAGGAAUUCUCUAAUAUACGAUUUACAGCUAAAGUAAAUGAGAGGAGCUUAAAGAUUUUUAGCUUUGGCAUGGCCAGACAAAUCUUUACGGUCACCUCGAAUAAGGCUUUUGUGCGGUCCGCCAAAAUGCAAGGCAUAAAUGUUCCCGUUUUUGUGCAUGCCUCCAUUGCUCUCACGGAGAGCAAGGAGGCCACAGGCCACUCACUUGAAAAUGAAUAAAAUUUUAUUUGUAUUUGAAAAA